CACAUUUAAGCAACAACAUUGCGCGACGGGGGGGUCCGUAGCCAUUUGGAUUUACGCCAUUUUAGCGCAAGUCAUUCUCGCUCGAGCUCGCCCAGCUCGGGCGCCCUCCUGGGUGCGGCCGCAUGGCUGGGACGGACCAGGGGCAGGAGCGCAUGCUGCUGAAUGACGCCAGCGACGAGGACUCCGACGCGACUUCUUGGGGCAAGAGGUUCUUUCGGGUCGAGGCUGCCUGGUGCUGUUGCAUCGCUGGACUGGUGGGGUUGUGCUGCCUGCUCCUCGCUGCGUGGGUCCGUGGCAAUCCCGGGGAUACGUGCCUGGCGUUCGAUCAGUGCCCCGAGUGGCCGCUGCCCUAUGAGCACGGUGAGUACCCUCUGGACUAUGCCAACCGUUCAGUGAGUCUUCCUUUCCCGGAAGGCUUUGUUUGGGGAAUGGGCACUGCCGCCUACCAGAUCGAGGGUGGCUACCGCGACGGCGGCAGGGGCGCUUCCAUCUGGGACACGUACACGGGUGCAAACACGGUGGGCAUGCCGGGUUCCAAUUGUUCUUAUUGUUGCAAGGAGGCGCCGUGUUCCAUCAAUGACGGGAUGAAAAGCCGAGGUGCUACUGGCAAUGUUGCGUGCAACCAUUACCACGAUUGGAAGAAGCACAUUGCUCUGAUGAAGUCAAUGGGUCUGAGGCACUACCGUUUCAGCAUUUCUUGGCCCCGUGUUCUGCCCACGGGUCGGCUAGAAGAUGGUGUCAAUGAUGAGGGAAUCAAGUUCUAUAAUAACCUCAUCGACGGCCUGCUUGAGGCGGGCAUCACGCCGUAUGUUUCAUUGUACCAUUGGGAUCUGCCGCAGGGCUUGCUCGACCCCCCUUCGAAGCUAGGAUGGUGGUCCUUUGACGCCCAGACCCUGCAGCCGACUGAGCAAAUUACAAAGCAUUACGUCGACUACGCAAACACUUGUUUUAGCAGCUUCGGUGACAGGGUAAAGUUUUGGACCACCUUCAACGAACCAUGGACUUUCUUGUAUUUAGAUCAUGCGCCCAACGUGGAACCCUUCAAGCAGAAUUCCAGCUACGUUGCCGCUCACAACGUGCUCCUGGCACAUGCUGCUGCGGUCCAGCUGUAUCGGAGCGAUUUCCAGAAGUCUCAGGGAGGCGUCAUCGGGAUCACGCUCAACCAGGACUGGAGCGAGCCUCGCACCACAGAUCCUCAGGACGUGGCGGCGGGGGAGCGUAUGCGGCUUUCGCAGGUGGGGUGGUUUGCCGAGCCCAUCUUCUCGGGCACUGGCGACUACCCGACGGAGUUGAGGCGACUCUUGGGAGACAGACUGCCCAGGUUCACACAGGAGCAGCGCGAGCUCAUUAACGGGAGCGCGGAUUUUUUCGGACUCAAUCAUUAUGGGACCAAUUGGGUUUCGAACAACAAUGAAGGCGUCGCUGGAUGGUUGGAUGCUUACGCUGACGUUAAGUCCGAUGGCUUCGAGCAGGGGCAGUCUUCCUGGUUGCAUGGCGGUGCUUUUGGGUUCCGCAAGUUGUUGAAUUGGAUCGAUCGCCGAUACAAUUCUCCAGUUAUUUAUGUCACGGAGAGCGGUUGGUCGAUGCUGGCCAACACCCCUGCCACGGGCGUACAGGACGCACAGCGCCUGGGCUACUACCUCAAUUACACUACCGAGCUCCAGCGAGCCAUCAACGAGGAUGGGAUAGACGUACGGGGCUAUUUCGCCUGGUCGUUCAUGGACAAUUUUGAGUGGGCGAUGGGCUACACGGAGCGUUUUGGGGUCACAUACGUGGAUUUCGCUUUCGGAAACGACCCCAAUUCGCCGACAGACCAACAGCAUCAGCCAACCACUCACGGACAGAAAUUGUACCGAAAGAUGUCCAGUUGUUGGCUCCAGGCUUUGAUGGCCUCCAACGCUGUUGUUGGUCUCGACGAUGCUGUGUUUCAGAAGUGUAAUGCGUCACUGGCAGUGUGAGUACGUCGGUAGCUCAAGGCAACGGUAUUCGGGUUGGGCGUGAGAAUUGAUCACAUGUCGUUCGGCGUAUGUUGUCAGCUCAUGUUGGUUCAUACUUUCAGCUUCUUCUGAACUCCAUGCGGGUGCCGAACCAUGUUCGAAUUCGUGUGGAUCCACGCCACGCUUGCCCAGUCGAAGUCAUGUCAGUUUUCUAGGCGCCUGCUUCGGCGAACGUGCACCCUGCUUUUCAAAUCAGAGCUUGCCUCUGCAGGGGUCCUAGCGGAUUCAUAUUGUUAGCUGAGGUGCGUCGGGAUUUUUGGCGGCCCGCCCGGGUGCCCCGUAGCCCUAGAGCCCUAUAGCCUUAUAGCUAAUCGCUUGACCCUUCAUUCGGGUGACUAGGGAGACCCCCUUGAAUUCAGCUCGCGACCACCUCGGCGGGGUGGAUGGCGGGGCGCAAAUACAAACCGGUCCGCCCCGGGCAGCGCACCGGCUGCCGGGCGGCCCGUCGUCCGAGGGGGUCCGCUGCAGGGCGGAGCGCCGAGCGGGUCUGACGGCCGCCGUCGGUGCGCAGGGAAGUCUUGGCCGCCCGGGCGGCGGAGCCGCGCGCGGAGAAAGGUUCAGCUCGCGACUCGCGGUUGCUCAAGCUCACCCGCUUGCUCUUGUCCGCGGGCACACAGUGUUGAUCGAAGGCUGGUCUCGUGGAGGCUGUCAACGCCAUGUCUUGUUCCCUCGCUGAGGCUGGUGGAGCUACCCGAUUGCCUGCAUCUUCCAACACAAGUGAUCCUGCCGAAGGACCCAAUCACAUGUAGUUGUGAGCAACGCGUUGUGGGUGCCGCUUCCGGUGGGUCAUGCAACACGUGAUGGGGCGUGCC